AACCAGCCGCCGGCACCACCUCCAACCCCUCCCCCUGCCCUCCGAACACUGUCGCCGUCCAGAUCGACCGGAGCCCCCUCCCCGCCGCUUCCUCCUCCCGACCCCACCCUUGUCCUCCACCUGCUCCGCGUGCCCAAACCCGUCGUCUCCGAUCCCGCCCCUCAGAUCCACCCCGCGCCUGCAUCCGACCUACUCUAGCUUGCUCGCUCUGCCAGAGAGGAGGGGCGCUAGAGCAGCGGGCGUUGCGCGGAGAUGGAGAGCAAGCGUGUGAUGGUGGUGGGCAGGAGCGGCUACCUCGGCCAGCACCUCCUCGCCUCGCUCACCGCCGGGUGCGGGGGCAACGUCGUCGACCGUCGACAUGGCCUUCACCCACCACCGCGGGGCCGCGCCGCGGGCGCUGCUCGACACGCUCCCCAGCGUCCGUGCCUUCCGCGCCGACCUCCGCUCCGGCAACCUUCGGACAGUUUAGAGCACUGUGCGAGAAGGCCAAGGAGAUCUUGAUGGAGGAGAGCAAUGUUCAGAUCCGACCCCCCAUCCUUCCUUCCUUGUGUCGGCGGAAUCGUAAUGGCAAGGGACGACCGACGUGCGUACUGGACCAGGAGGUGGAGAACCGACCAACCUCGACAUGGCCUCUCUGCCAUGCCAUGUGUGAGGAGGAGCCUGUGGCUGACACUGCAUCAGCACAGAUGCUGCAACCCAUCAACGGCGACUUCCUCGGCCUCUGUUACGGCCGAUGCAGCAAUAACUCAGGAAACCAUUCAUGCCUCGCUGCCACUUCUAUGUUUUCUUUCUCUGUUAUAGUUACUUAUGUGAUUUAUUCAUGUAAAAUCUCUACUUUAUGCCAAUAGCUGCCUGUACCAUUGUUCUACUAUCUGUGUGAUGCUGAACAAUAUGUUGUUAAUCUGUUGCUAAAUUCUCACCAAAUGCACAUUUUAUUUCCUUAGACCUAUUGUUAAACAAAGGCUUAACUUGUAGCAUUUUUUCUUAAAAAUAAGCAAAGAAUUCCUGCAGUUUUUCUGUUGGAAAUGAGUUAUUAGUUGUCACCUACCAAUGUUGGAAUGUAGAGUAAGGUCAGGUUGUUGUGCAUGUAACUUUAUUUCUUAUCAAUAUCGUCAGUCAUCAGAUGAGCCAUGGUCUUGUGCAAGCAUUUCUCUUUUGAAUGCAGCCAUGGUCUUGCAAGCAAUUGCGGCUGGUAGAACAUGCUGCUAUUAUGUUGUACUGCUUGCAGCAGUUCUUGCUUGAUAGUGGCAGUAGUAACUCAAGUAAGGUCCAAUAAUAAGUUAUUAAACAUGUGUUCUUGUUCAUUAAUAUCAUAAAAUUAGGAGUAAGGAUUUAGCUUUCAUUUUGCAUUCACUCAACGAUUGUGGCAGUGAAAUCAAAUGUCUCCUCUAUUGUUUGAAUCCACUCUGGUUAGAUGACAUCUUGUUAGCGUGGCAUGAUGAAAGAUUCAGGUUUUUUCUAUUGAUUUGUUUCAUCAUCAUUAUGCAUGUGUACUUGGUGAAUCAGGAACCCAUUAGGAGCCAAAUGUCUCUCUUAAAUACGUUUAUUAAUAUUCUAUUUGUAUUUUAGUUUGUGGCUUAAGGAACCGAGCAAGGGAAACCAUUAUACCUCGUUCUUUGUUUUUUAUAUAAACUUUAAUUUUGUCGGAUCAUUUAUGUCAAGUAAUAGUUCUUUGUUUUGUGUUAUGGUAAUAGAAGAUAUGAUUAUAACAAUUUCUUUUACUUAGGCGGACUAGGUACAAGAAAAACAUUUGCUGCCACACAAGACGACCAAGGUCCGCUCUGCUCUGGUGCUAUCCCUCGCUCUAGCUCCGUUCGUUGCUGCACAAGAAAAACAGAGACAAGCGAAAACAAAUUAUCUAAGAUGAGUCUGUCGAUGAAGCGACAGCGUUUCCUCUAGAGGGUGACGGCGGCGGCGCCUGUGUGCGGCUUCGACUACAACCUCCUCUCCGGAGCUCCAGUCCUAAGAAAGUUGGAAGUGCGAAGACGUGAAGAAAAGCGCGAAGCUGUGAAGUGCGACUCAGCAAAGAGUUGUCUGUUCCAUUUGACUGUAAUAUUGUAAUAGCUGGUAUACCUAGGUUGUAAUAGUCUAUAGAAAUUGUAAUACACUAAUCUAGUGUUAUUUGAUGAAUUUCACAUGUUCUCUUGUUUGGAAUAUUUGAUUAUGAAUGUUAUUUGAUA